AUGUUUCUCAAAAGUUUGACGUUUCUUGCAAUCCUUCAAACAGGUCAGCUGAUUUUUUUUUCUAGGCUAUUCAGAAAUGUCGUUUUUUUCACAGUGACUCUUUUUUCAGUGACACCUUUUGAUAUUUUCAUCUUUAUAUGUUUGAUAACUAUCGAAACUUCAUUAUUAGGUUUCUCAAUUUUACUAACCUUAAAUUUUCGAUGCUUCCACGAAAUAUGAAAAUUUGGAGCUUCCACGAUAUUUCAAUUUUUCCUAGGAUUAUUUCUCUUCUCCACACUUUAUGCUGGAAAUGCUACGCAAAGUUAGAAAAUUUAUCAUUUUCAAUCCCUUCUUAUGGACUAAUUUAUUUUUGUAUCCAAUAGAGUUCGUAUAAGGUGAAGAUUUUUGAUGAUCGAUUUGAAAGCGUAUAUCAUCGAAUUUCGUGAUCGCUGAUGUUCAAUCACUCUUGGAGACACAAAAUUUCUUUUUCUACAAUUUUAUAUUUUAAGUUUUUUUCUUUCUGAUUUUUUUGAAGCCUUUAGGAAGUCUUUUAGCAUAUCCAAGAUUGAACUUAGAACUAAUUUAACUAACCAGAUUGAGAUUUGAAAAAGAAAUUUUUAACCGAGAAGUUCAUCGCAUUUCGUGCGUUCUGUAAAUCAUCUAAGUUUUGAAAAUAGUUCGUAUCUUUGUGAGUUUGAGGCUUUUCUCUCCAGCAACUUUGAUGACCUUGAAAGACGGAAAAAAAUCUCUUAAAAAUAUUUCUGAUUUUCUAAAAAGACAUUUUUUUGUCUAGAGUUAGUUAUAAAGAUAGAUUCGAAAAACUUCCAAUUUUCGUAAUUUCUGAGGAAGAUUCGAAGAUUCCGUGAAAAAAAUUACUAUAAUUGAUAAAAAAAUAUUUUUGAAAAAGAGUCAAGAAAAACCAUUAUUUGUUUCUUCUCUAGCAACUUCGACAAAUUAAAGGCUAAUGAAAAAUUUAAAGAUUUUGAAAAAUUUCUUUCCAGUAUCUUAAAAAAAUUGUUUUUUUCUAAUUAAAUUUCAAAUUUCAAAUAUCACCAGCUAAGCAGAUAAAAAGGCAGAGACGUUUUACCGAUUCCUUCUUUCGAAAUGUUUCGCCAAUCAUGUGAAAACCAUCAAUAGAAAAAAGAACGAACGACGAAAUUCAAAAAAUUUCUCAGUCUUUUUUUCAGGAUGGUGUCUCCGGUCGCCACUCGACUGCGACUUUUCCGGCGACUGCUGCUGGGCCUCGAGCCGCGACGCCGAUCUCUGGAAUGUGUUCUCGGCCGACGAGCUCGACGUCAACGAGUUCCGCAGGACGUUCCUCGUCGGCAAAAGCCAUCCGCCGCCCCGUGACUUCUGAAGUCGACGACCGGGGUAACGCUGCGGCUUGCAGGCGGCAACUACGCGAUGCGCGUCGAGGGGGAUCGUCGUUCGUCGCUCGUCUCCUGCACCAUGUGUUCCUCGCAGGCCGACGUCAUCGUCAAGUUCAGGUAGGCUGCUUCUUUCCCACCAUCGUCGUUAUCACCAGGUGAGUGGAGGCGGAAAGCGCGCGAGGUGAAAUCGAGAGUGGCGUUUGGGGAAAAGUGGCGGGGAUCACGAAAGCGAAAGCGGCCGUCGAUGCCAGAGCCGUUAUAGCUGGAAGCGCCGUAUCCGAUUAAGCGCCCAUGGUUUUUCCAUGAGUGAAUUCAUUUUGAAGUUGACUUCGGAUCGACAAAAGUAAUAAUUCGCGCAGUAAAAAGCUCGUUGCAAGGAAAAGCUUUUGCUUUGUAUUUCUGCAGAAACGUUCAAAAAGUAUCUUGAUAUGAACUUAGUUUUAAAAAAAAUUCCCCAAGUGUUUUUUUUUAGAUGAAUUUUUGAUUUAUAAUAAUUUAUCACCAAACUUACUUCCAUUUUCUAAACGGAAAUUUUGUGCAGCUUAGAUUUUCAAAAUGAUUAUUUUUCAAAGAGUUUUUCAGUUCAUUCUUAGAGAGUUACAAGUAGUAUAAUCCAGCCUGUAGCGUACAGACUGUACGCAACAACAAAAAAAAACAAAAUAUCCCCGCUUUUUGCUGAAGUUUACUAUUAUGUGUCGGAAUUAUCGAUAGAAAAAAAAUAAAGUUACAGCAGUCUGGAUUAGAAGUUGAAGGAAAGUCGUUUCAAUCCCAUAGAAGGGGAUUCAGAAUGGUUGCAGACAUUGGCAGAACGCCGAAGCGACGCUGAAGCUCUGUUGGCAAAACGAAGGCGACGCAAGUCCGGCGCCUGCAAACUGCGCCGUCGCCAAACACGCCAAGCAGUCUUCCUACAACUCUUACCGACUGCAAGUGCCCUCCAACCAGAACAUUCGGGUCAGUCUCCCUUUGAACGGCCUCAUCUCGCUGUUCAGCUACUCUUCGUUGUGGAAAACGCGAGUCCAGGCGUUGCCAACGCCGUCGUCAUCAUCGACAAGGUCGCCGUGCAAUUCUCCAAGUGCAAGGACGUCAUCUUGACUGCUCAGCAGCAGGUCAGCGCCUCAAGGCGCAGCUCUUCUAACGGCAGCAGCAAAAAAAAAGUUUUCGACAAACCCGAAAUGAGAGUUUAAAAAAAUCGAAACUCAGGUGAAAGCAUCAAAAAGACUCGCACGAAAGAACGAAUUGGCUCGUACCACGCAAAAUGACAAGUAAGUUUUUCUUUUUCAAAUACAAUUUAUGGAACUUUGUUGAAAAUAUUUAAUUCCUCCCUAAUACUUAUCAAAUCAAAACAUUUUUUUUGUUGUUUUUGUCAGAUAUAAUCGACUAGGCGGUGAACUAGCACAGUUUUAAAAGCUAUAACGAACAACCGCCUGUGGCGAACCAGAAGUCCUAGUGGGUAGUAGAAGUAGCUGGAGCCUGGAGACCGUCCUCUAGGUGGAAGCCUCAGAAUGAGAGCGACCACUUCGAGUGAAGAUUUUACACGGACUUUACUUUUUCCGUUUUACGUUUUACGGAAUCUAUAAUUUACUUUUAGUCAUGGGAUCAGGAAAUUCUAAAAAUUUCUAAAAAACGGUCUGAAAGGUAUCAAAAAGAAGCUUUAAACUAACAGAUACUAAGUGACUGCUUUAAAACACCCUUGAUCCAAUAAGACUUUCGUGUUGUAGCAUUGGAAAGUAUCAGAGAAAUUGCCAGAUCAGAAAUAGAUUCAGCCCGCAACGCUCGACGGAAUUUUCAAUCGUGGCAAAUAGAGAGUAAGAUUAGAUGUCUUUAAUCUGAAAAUGUAGAAAGAAUACGAGUUUUAAUGUUUGACUCAAAUCAUGAACUUUGAAUUUGAAAGCGUUUUUUUCAAGCCUCUCAUAAGCUUUCCUAGAAGUUUUUAAAAAAAUGUUGAAUAAGAAAAAAUUUUGUUUGUUUAAGAGAAAGAAGAGCUUAUUUGGAAGACGUUGACAAGUUGAUAGCGAAGACGGUGGAUCAGGUCGACCAACAGAACUUGUCGACUUCCACUCGGAAACCAAAAACAGAUGAGGUGAAAAAGACGGCUGCUCCGCUGGUCGCCGCGCUUCCACCCAGGCCAGCCAGCCCCGAAAAUCGCGAGUUUCUACUGUCUAGUAGGGAUCAAAAGCGUUAUUUCAGCGUUGACAGACUUACUCGGUAAAGAUUUGGUCAACUUCCUCGAUCCGAAUUUUGUUUCCGCUGAUGACGACGAGCCGGAAGAAGAAGACGAGGAACUGAUAGAGACGAAAGAACAGAAGCCACUGGUCAGUUCCGUAACUUUUCAUUUGUUUGUUUAGUGUCUGAGAUUGUUUUUGGACAUUUAAACUUUUGAAAAAUCGCUAUUUAUAAAAUGAUAGGACAAAAAACUCUCGAAAAAAAAUUGAAAUAGUAGAAUAGAUACUACAGGGUGCGCCGAAAUUACGGACGCAAAUAUAAUUGAUUGUAAAUGUACCGCAGUAUUGACGAAUUGAUUCAAAUUUUUUUUGGAUAGUUUAUUUGGAUCGAUAACCACAAAAUAGCAUCAAACUUUUUUGACAAGACCGCCGCUAUUGCGAAUGCAGACCCGAAGAAGCUUGGGAGUCGCGAUGACGCGGCGGAGUGGGGGUCGACGCCGAUAAGGGCCCAUUCUCGCUCAAGGGAGGCCUUUAGAGGCUCGAUCUUCUGAUGUGGUGAAGUACAGGACUUGGACUCCAGACGGUCCCAUACAGAGUAGUCCAGAGGAUUCAGAUCCGGAAAAUAGGGCGGCUUUUCUGAAGUGUCCAUAAAGUCAGAAAGCUCCUUGUUGCACCACUGUUUGAGGAUUUUGGCCUCUGUGUCUUGUUGGAAAAUCCAUGGCCGGUCUCCAAAGUGUCACCUGGUCCAUGGGAGCAGUGCCUUUUGAAAAACGUCUUUUUCAUAGUUGUACGCGUUGAACUUGACGUUUUGCGACACGAAAACCAAAGGGAACUUGCUCAUUGCGUGAUUGGAGCCCAAACGAUGACCGGAAAAGAAUGGCUCAUGAGACUGACAAUUUUUUCACUCAAAUUGAAAGCUUGGACAUCGGAGGCAAUGAUCCUAUAGUUUUGACGAUUCACGGCUUCAUCAAACGUAAAAAUUUUUACAUAGCUGAAGUCGAUGUCGAGGAGCUCCGCCAGCGCAACGUGAGAAAGCAACUCGCGACUUCGAUCGAUCCUUGUGGCUUUCUCCGAAUCGUUCAGGAUGUGUGCUUUCUGUAUCUUGAGCUGCUCCAUAUGUAGUUUAUCCGUGAAAAUUUUCCGCACGCUCGUCCAACUUAUAUUCAUCUUCUCAGCGAGUUUCCUGACAGACCUUCUCGGAUUUUGACUGAUGAAGUCGCGGAUCUUUUUGUAAUUUCUGCAGAUGUAGCAGUGGCCGGUAGUCCAUUCCUUGAGUGCUCUUCUGUUGUGCCGAGCACAUUGAAACGUUUAAUGGUCUUGGACACCAACGACGAGCGGGCGUCGAGUUAUUGCGAGAUGAAAGAGUUGCUGUGACCGUCUUGAUGAAAUUUCAGAAUUUCAGUGCGCAUGAAACUUUGACUCGUCUUUCUGUAUAAUCAUAAUAAAUUUUUUUAAUAAUUAUAUAUCAAAACAUGCAUAAAGGUUCAACAAAUCCUAUCAACAAAAAAAGAACAAAUGAAAAUAGGGAUGAAAGGCAUCCGGGCAGGUCAAAUUUUGCGUCCGUAAUUUCUGCGCACCCUGUAAAAGAGCGCCGACCGAGCUUUCUAUCGUCUGGUGCGCUUGAAUUGAACUCGUGCCAAGAACCGCGUACGCUCACGCUACGCGUCCUGGCCAUUACUCCGCCUCCCUCGCCUCUCAAGUCGGGAUGUAUUGACUAUACGUUGAAGACUGUCCCAGUUUUCAGAAAAAUCCAAACUUUUCGAGUCAAACUCUUUCUCUUGCCAGUGGUUCUUUGUCAUAGAAUUUUCUAUCGAAGCCACAAGUGAAGGUCAAAAAAGACAAAAUGAUGCCUAUUUACCCCUUUUCUGCCAAUUAUCUUUUCUAAACGCCAAUUGAGGCAACAGACAAUUUUAUUGCAGCCAACACCGAUGAUGCCGAAACUUCCGAUGAAAGAAAUUGUGCGAGAGAGCAAAAAAGUGCGGACAUCCACCAAAGUCGUUAUUCCCAUUGUUCGGCCCAAGCUUCGGGUUUUGUGGAUAACUCAGAAAAGAACAAACGGCUUCUUUUCAGGAAGCUUCUGAACCGGAAACGGUCACUCCGAAAAUUGAAGGAAUCGCGAGAUUUUUGAGACGCGGACGGCCGCUCGCCGUCAGUCCUACGCAUCCUCUCGAACAAAGGUCAGUCGGAAACUUGAGAUGAUUUUGAGAAGAAGAUAUUGAAAACCAGGAAAAAAAACAAUAUAAAAGGAGAAAUUUUAACUUUAUAGUCUAAUAUUGCCGUCUAAUGAAUGUGUUAGAGACUGCCAUCGCUGUCCGUUCCAAGUUCCUGCGAAACCUUGGGCGGCUGUCUUUUCGAACGAUCUUUAUGCCAUUGGACAGCUCCUGCCUCCGUCGCCCCUCAACAUCGUUUCCACAUCCAGAAAGGUUCAUCUUUUUUUUAAAUUCAAAUUGAACAAAAUUCUAGAUUUAACUAUCUUUACUCAUAAUGAGCUGUGUAAAUUAUAAAUGUGAAAAAACAAUCUCCAUUUUAUUUUUAUUUUGACAGUUGGUUUGUCGAGUUUCGCCCAAUCGAUGGUACCUUCCGGACAAGUUUCAGCGAUGGAAACACCGACUUUGAUGUCUGAACCACAUUUGGUUCGUUUUAGUCAGCUUUUUCCAUGUUUAAUAAUACAAUAUUUCCCCUUCACUAGGCCUACAAAAAUUGAUUGAGUAUAAUUGCCAUAAUUGGAAAACUAUAUUGAAGUUGAAGAUUGGGUAGCUUCUUCCAAAAAUCAUCCAGCUGAUAUUCACUUCCAAUUAUAGGUCCUUUUUGACGCAUUGGAGUUCCGUCUGGGGACACGGUUGGUCGGAUGCUGUUCGAGUGCUUCUGGAGUGACGUGUCCCUUUGCGACGUCUUCUGAAGAGACGCCCGUCGUCUGGCAAUUUUCCAAAUUCGAAUGUGCCGCCGGGACUAUCGCCGUGAGUAUUCUGGAACUACACGUACUUCGAAACCGAUAGAAAAAUAAAUUUCACUUGAAAGGUUUUUUGUAAAAAGGAAUUAUUAAACUUUAGAGUUCAGAAAAAAAUAGGAACGUUUUUAUGCCUCUGGCUUUUUCGAGAUUUUUCGGUCAAUUUGAAUUUUAUUGGAAGCGAUCUUGGGGCUUUUAAAUUUGUGCUUUUUUUCUGAAACUUUUUUUCUUUACUAUUAUUUGUAAUAAAGGAAAUCUCACCCAUCUCAGCGUUAAAACUAUCCGAAGUUUGUUUUUUCUUUUCAGUCUUAUACCUCCAAGUGAUCGAAUAUUUUAUUCGUGUGCCAGUUUUGAACUUUCUAAAACCGUAAAAAUUUUUUUUUCAAUCUUGUUUUUCUAAUAAUAAUCUUACAAAAAGGCUAACUUUGAACACUUCUUUUUACCUGAAUUUCACAAAAGCUAUAUAAAGAAAAAUCUGCAGAUCGCGUUUGUCUGUGAAAACCUCGGUGUUUCGGACGGCAUCUGCGGCGUCGACAACGUCAGAAUCCACAGAUCGAGCGACGUCCUUCUGUUGGAGCCGUGCCAGAAAAAUACUCUUUCCUCGAUUUGA